AUGCAAGCCACCGCUGCGAUCGAGGCGCUGCUCUCGCGGCUCGCGGCGUGCGUGGACGACGUGGUCGAAAGAGCGCGCUCCGGAGCCGAGCUCCGAGAGGGCGAGGCGGAGGGGAUGUGCGCGGCGCUGGAGGAGCUGCUGGCACACCGCUUCAAGCGGCGCCAGUUCCUGCUUUUCAGCGUCCACCCGUGGUCGCUCGCGGAGCACGCCGAGGCCCUUUCGAGCGCCGCCGCCGUCCGCAUCGGCGUCGCACGCCAGACGGGCUCGACAGACAGCGCGCGGCUCCGAGCGUGGCUCUACCUCCUCCUCAACCGGCGCGAGCUGGCGGCCGAGGUAGAUGCGCUGCUCACCCCGGAGCUCUGCUCGCUCAUGUACACGCGUGGCGCCGCGCUGCUCGGCUCCGCCGAGCGAGACCGCCUCGUCCGCACUCUCAAGCCUCUCGCGGCCCUGCGCUUCCGGCUCGGCGCCAGCGCUGGCCUGCUGACGCCGCCGAUGGUGAGUCCGACGCUGCUCAAGGCGACGCGGGGCGUGCAGAGGGAGGCGCUGGGGGCGGGCGAGGCGGAGGGCGGGGCGGGCGAGGCGGUGGACUACCACGACGCGCACGAGCUGCGCUCCUCUGUGGACGAGUCGUCGUACCAAGACGCGUGCGAGCCGGACGAGGGCGAGGGCUAG